AUGGCGGUGCAGGUGUUGCAAGCUGUUCAAGCGGUUCAUCUUGAGUCUGAUGCUUUCCUAGUUUGUCUCAACCAUGCUCUGAGCACUGAAAAGGAGGAGGUGAUAAUGGGUCUAUGUAUAGGGGAGAUGGAUACCAUCAGAAUUGUUCACAUCCAUUCUGUCAUCAUCUUGCGACGUUCUGACCGUGUAGAAAUUUCUCCAGAGCAGUUAUCUGCAGCCUCAACAGAGGCAGAAAGGUUGGCUGAACUAACAGGCCGUCCAAUGAGAGUUGUUGGCUGGUAUCAUUCCCAUCCUCAUAUAACCAUUUGGCCAUCCCAUAUUGAUGUUCGUACACAAGCCAUGUACCAAAUGAUGGAUCAAGGCUUUGUAAGACUUAUUUUUUCCUGUUUCAUAGAAGACAAAAACACAAAGACUGGUCGGGUACUCUACACUUGCUUCCAAUCCAUACAAGCCCAAAAAAGCUCAGAGUAUGAAAGAAUUGAAAUCCCAAUCCAUAUUGUACCUCAUAUCACUAUUGGGAAAGUAUGCCUUGAAUCAGCAGUAGAGCUGCCAAAGAUCCUAUGUCAGGAAGAACAGGAUGCAUAUAGAAGGAUUCACAGCCUUACACAUCUGGACUCAGUAACCAAGAUCCAUAAUGGCUUGGUGUUUACCAAGAAUUUGUGCAGCCAGAUGUCAGCAGUCAGUGGGCCUCUACUACAGUGGUUGGAGGACAGAUUGGAGCAAAACCAGCAGCAUUUACAGGAGUUGCAGCAAGAAAAGGAAGAGCUUAUGGAGGAGCUGUCUUCCCUAGAAUAAAGCAAGAGGACAAAAGUGUGGGCGGCUGAAAAUACCAGGUAUACAUUUUAUUAAACUAAAUCAAUUUUGAAAAAUAUAAAGUUGGAGGACCCACAUUUUAUAACUUCAAGACUUAUAUAACUUCAAGACUUACUAUGAAGCUGCAGUAAUCAAGAUACUAUGAUAUUUGCAGAAGAACAGAUGUAUAAAUCAAUGGAACAGGAAAUAAAAUUCAGAAAUAAACACACAAUAAUAUGCUUAACUAAUUUUGAAAAAGUACAAAGUGAUCAAGAAGAAAGGGCAGUCAUUUCAAC